CCCACUUGAAUUCCCAUGUUCAGUCUUCAGCUUCUCGGAAGGUUCCCCGGCUCCAUUGGUCCGUCAAUGGGAUUGAAGUCGGCGGUAAACCAAUCAUGGAUGUGCUUGGUGUUUAUAGUAGCACGCAAGCAUGUCAGUGUCUGACCAUUAUGUGGGAUCGCAGAUGUCCAUCCAGGAUGGGCAGCCUGACCUACGCAUCCUUGCGAAACACCACACGCACCGUGAACUAACCCAAUGGGCUUCCAUGGCAACGGCUGCAGUCUCAUCGUGCUCUUGGGUAUCCUCCAGAGCGGGCCAGAGCAGCACGCUCCAUAAUGAAGAUAAGCCGGCAGACAGGACGAACGCGUUGGGGAGAGCCCCAUUCCGGCCAGGUGAGGCAGGCGACGCAGCGAGGAUUCCCCGGAUCUUGAACCCCACCGAGGCCCAUGCUAUCGGACCUCAAUUUUGUCACUCCUCAGGAACAACGGCAUGCACUUCUGUCAGCUUCUCCAAUGCCAACCUGGGCCUGGGGCGGGAUGUGUUUGAACCGGCGUGGCGAACGAGACGCCGGAUUGGGUCAUCUCCAGCCAAGCAAUUACUGGUGUGAAAAGUCGAGAGUCCAGUGGAAGGCCAAGAGCGCCGAGCGUCAGAAGACCGAGCUGGGCAUGCACGCCUAGCGCUUGCUCUCGGUCUCUUGGCGAGAGGGGGAAAAUGGGAAAGAGGAUCGAGUGGUAAGUUAAGGGGACGCAACAUGAUCAGCUGUACUCAGCAGCGAGUCACAAAGUUCAGCCCGAUUCUAACGCCGCAGAUAUGAAUGAGAAA